GUAGAUGUUGCUCGUCUGCUUGCGAAGUGACUACAUCACUAGUUUUAAAAAAAUUAUUUAUAGACUAGUUUUUAAUAAUCAUCAAGCAAAUUUUUAAUUGUGCCAUUUAAAUUAAGUGCUGUGACUAAUUUUACUUUUUAAUUCAAAUACUUUUUGAAAUAAAUCAUUUCCGCCACAAGUUGAGUCGUUCGCGACUCACAUCAAUCUAUCGAGGUGGCGUGGGGUACAGCUGUGAUGGAGUUGCAAAGUUGGUUCCUCUAUCACCUGGUAGCCGUCACCGACUGCAAUCAAGUUAGCUGAAUAUUUUAAUUGACAAUUUUAUUUACUGUUAUCGUAAAUACUGGUCACUAGAAACUCAAUUACACAUUCAUCACAUUCAUUAUUGAAUCACUGUAAAUUCCACAAGGCUUUUAGUAACCGAUGUUUGAUGUGAUGCAGUCGACGGCUACCGGGGGUGGAGUUUACCCAGGGGGUGGAACAGGUAGCAGAGCACGGGACUUAGGUUUACGAGCACAAAAAAAAAUUCUCGGACGAGUUGUUUCUUCAAAUGCCGGAAGAUCUCUUUUUAUAGACGACGCUACGACGUCACUUCUUGACAAUCUCUUCAAGCUUAUGGAGAGAGCAACUAAAAGUAAUCCUAGUCUUGAUAAAAAACAACCGGAGAAAGUUUUAAAAAACAUUGUUAAAUUGUCUAUUAAAAUCGGAUUAUUGCAACGUAAUCAGCAAUUAACUUCAUCUGAUGAAGUCAAAAUAAAUGAAAUCCGUUCAAGUUUGAGGGCCGCCGCAAUGUCUGUGGUUUCAUUUUAUGAAUUAGAAUUUAGUUUUGACAGAGUUUACUUAACAAGAUCGUUAGAACGCUGUCGAACAGCUAUCAUAACUUUAAUAAAACCACAUCUGACAGAUAAAUCACAAGAAAGAUGUGACCAAAUAUUUGAUUUCAUAACUCAUCAAGAUUUUCUUGAGUUUGUUUUUCAACAAGAUUCGGAGUUGAGGCCAACACUUGGGUUACUUGUUGAUGAUAUUAAUAAAGCAUUAGAUGCUGGCCAUCUUUGAUUUAAUAAAUUUAAAAAAAAAUCCAUUGCGAUAACAAUCAAAAUACAUUUUUUAAAAAUUAAAAUUUUAAAAAAGUUUGUAAAUUAUUUGCGUCCCAUUUACGAUUUCACAUCAAUUGUCUCUGACUCAGUCAGAAAAUUGUUUAUUAGAUUUUACACGCGAUAUAUUAUGGGAAAAAAAAUUUUUUAAAAUUCAAGUAACAAUAAAAUACCGCGUGGAUUUUUAUUGUCGGAAAAAUGUGACAAGUAAAAAAAAACUAUAGAGCAAAAGUGAAAGUCAUAUAAUUGUUUAGGGUAAUUAUUUUAAAAGAAUUAUUGCGAUUUUCGCAAUAACAAUAGUAAUAAUAACCAUAAAUGACUGUAAUAAUCUCUCCAAUAAUUACUUUUAAUAUUAAUAAGUAUAUAAUUAAUAAUGUUUAUAUGUAUAGAUUUUAGUCUUAUUGAUAUUUAUUAAUUUUCAAUAUUAUUGUUAAUAAUAAUAACAAUUUAUUGACUAUAAGUGUACCAUUACCAAAAAAAAACCAAGAAACAAAAAUAAGUAAUCGGAGUAAAAAUGUUUAUCGUGAUUUCCUGCAUGAUAAAACAUACUGCCUAUGCCUCGGAACACCUAAUUAUUAAUUACUAAUUAAUACUAUUGUAAAACAAGUACAUAAAUUAGUGAGAAUAUAAUAUUAAUAAUUAAAAAAUUGUAAUAUAGUUUUUGGACUAAAAUAUUGUGUAUAAUUUAUUUAUUGUGAACAUGAAGAAAAAAUUAAUUAUUAAAAAAUUAUUCAAAAUUUCCCGGGUCAAAAUAUCUAGUCUCAUCGAUCCCAAGUAAACCUCAAUCUGACUCCCUGCCUUUAUAAAUCCGGAAUAAUUUUUCACCCAAAAAUUUCUCAGCAAUAAUUACUCAAACAAAAAUUGAUCUGACACAAAAAUUUCUCGCUACAAAAAAUUCUCAACACCAAAAUUACUCUACGUACCAAAUGUAUAUUAUUUUUUAUAUGGGCGCUACGCUCUCCAUGUCCAUUUUUUAAACACAAAUAUAAAUACUGAUUGUUAUAAUAACAUUAAAAAUUUCUAUAUUUAUAAACAUUUUCAUUUAUUAAAAACUAUUAGAAACUAGUAGAGAGGUUAGCAUACAACAGAGCGAUGAAGAAACAACACCAGAUUAAAUAUGGCUCCCGGCUUUUAUUAAUCCCAAAUUAUUUUCAGGGUUAAAUAUGUUACAUACAAAAUUUUUCCCCCGAAAAAUUAUGUCUGGAGAAAUUUUUACACCGAUAAAUAUUUGUGGUGAGAAAUUAUUGCUAAGAAAUUUUGUCGCAAGAAAUUAUUGCAUGAGAAAAAAGAGAGACGGUCACCCUCAAUCCAGCCUCACUAAAUAAAGAAAGCAUUUUGAGACUCAAAUGAUGUUCAAAAAGCCUCAAUGAUUCUCAAAUGAACCUACUACUCAACUAUGUAAUUUAAAUUUGAUUAGUAUUAUUUGAGGCUUAUUGAUGCUUUUUGAACAUCAUUUAGUCUCAAAAUGCUUUCUUCACUCAGUGGGGCUGGAUUGAGGCUAGAUAUUUUGACGCGGGUAGUAAUAAUUACAUGUCUGUGUAAAAAAAAUUCGUGCAAAAAAGAUUUCAAAAAAGUUCGACUUGUGGAAGUUUUAAAUUUGAGACAGAUUUGAACUUCGAGUGGAACUUUUGUAAUUUUGAUAGUAAAAAAAAAGAAGUUUGUCUAGGACUUUAUAGGAGCGAAUUUUGAAUAAAAAAAGAAAGUCUCAAAAAGUAUUUUUACUACAUUUUACCCUCGUUCCGAAAAAGUUCACAUUAGAAACCAGUAGGCUAAGAAUCAAAAAACGUUUAAAAAAAAAAUAAAAAUUCGAGGUUUUUGAACUUUUUCGGAAUAAGGGCAAAAUAUAGUAAAAAUACGUUUUGGAAAUAUGUUUUAAAAACGUUCUUUUUAAACUCAAAUUUCGCUCAUGUAAAAUCCUAGAUAAACUUCUUUUUUUUACUACCCGUACAAAAAAGUAUAUCCUUAUAUAUCCGAGCAAAUCUGUAUAUUUGUCACAUAUAUUUAUUUAUUUAUUUAUAAUGAGACCCAACAGCCAUAUGGCCAAUAACAGGGUCACAGUAAAUUACAUAAGUAAUACAAUAUGAUGAUAUGGCAUCGAGUAUUAGCAUACAUAAAAAAAAAUUAUAAUAUAAAUCCACUAUAAUUUGUCUUCCAAAAACGAAAAAUAAAAAACAAUAAUAUUAGAAUGUAAUAAAAAAAGAUACAAAAGAAAUAAAAUUUAAAUUACAUUAUUUGAAAACAGGCUACUAUAUAGUUAGCAGAACGUAAAUGGAUGUAUCUUUUUUUUUAUGAGACAUAUAUUCGUAUAUAUAUUCAAUACAGACAUAUAUUCAAUUCUACCCGGAUAAAUACUUUUUUCAUAUGGGUAUCAAAAUUACAAAAGUUCAAAAGCUUUUAAGUUGGAAUUUUUUAUGAAAGUUUUUUGAUUCUCAUGUCACUUUUGGUUUUUAUGGGAACUUUUUCGGGGUGGGGGUGAAAAGUUUACUAUAGUAAAAAUAUGAUUGGAGAAAGUCUUUUAAAAACAUUUUUUUUUACUCAAAA